ACCCCAGCUCGGUGGAAGAAAUGAAGUAGAAGGGUAGAGGAAUACUGAGAAAGGGUUUGUUUUUAUUUAGAUGAUGAUGCUUAUUCAAAUGCCAGUUCUUUUCCCGUCCUGCCCUCCUCUAGCUAUUUUCCCUCCCCCCGGCGCCGACUUCACCCGCCUCCGCCUCCCGUCUCGGUCACCGGAGCAUCGCCCUAUUUUGUUCCCUUCGCUGCGGUUCGGCACCGACUCAGUUCUCAAAUUCCGGGCCCGUCUUAGGCGGUUUCAUCUGCUCUGCUCAAACAUGCCUCUCCAAGGCGUGGCAGCUACUUCAUUGCAUUCCGAGAGUAUGUUGUUGCACUGUAGAGCAUUCUGGGUAAGCAGAUCGAUAAUUGCUUGGAAUGUGGAUGUUGAGGAUGGUGCAUGUUACCUUUAUGCUAGCAGAAAUGCUAACUUAUCCGUUACCAAUGAUGCAAUCCGAGGGUUUGAUUGUAAAAUUAAGCUCAAGGAAGGAGAGGACAGGCUUCCACAAUAUGUAACUAAAAAAUUUCCCCAUAUCCAAGAUUAUAAAACAUUCAAAGUCCCUCAACCUUUGGAUUGUGAAAAUCUACUCAAAUGCCAAUUGGCUGUUGCUAUCUUCACCCCUGAUGGUAACUGCAAGAGCGCUACUGGGUUGCAGCUACCUGGAAUCAUUGACGAACUUUUCUCCUACACUGGUCCACUUGGAGCUGUUUUUUCAAGUGAAGCCAUUUCUCUUUACCUCUGGGCACCGACUGCAACAGUUGUGCGUGCUUUCAUUUAUAACAACCCAUUGAAUGGUGAUCCUUUUGACAUAGUUGAGCUCAAGGAGGCAAAUGAUGUUUGGACUGCUACACUCCCAAGGCAUUGGGAGGGUUAUUACUAUGCAUAUGAAGUGUCUGUCUAUCAUCCUACCACCUCCCAGAUUGAGACAUCAUUAACUUGCGAUCCAUACUCAAGAGGUCUUUCUUGUGAUGGAAGGCGAACGUUGUUGGUUGAUCUUGAUUGUGAUGAUUUAAAGCCUGAAGGAUGGGACAAUCUGGGGCACGGGAAACCAGAUCUGCUUUCUGUGGCUGACAUCAGUAUCUACGAACUGCACAUAAGAGAUUUUAGUGCCAAUGACCAUACGGUGCAUCCUGAUUUUUGCGGUGGUUAUCUUGCUUUCACCUUGCAGGAUUCAGCUGGUGUCCUUCAUCUUAAGAAAUUGUCUAGCGCUGGUAUCACGCAUAUCCAUCUGCUUCCGACCUUUCAUUUUGCUGGUGUUGGUGACGAAAAACAUAAAUGGAAGCAUGCAGAUACUGCAAAGCUGAAAUCAUUGCCACCAGAUUCUGAUGAACAACAAGCUCUUAUCUCAACCAUCCAAAAUGAAGAUGGGUAUAAUUGGGGAUAUAACCCUGUUCUCUGGGGUGUGCCAAAGGGAAGCUAUGCUAGUGACCCAAAUGGCUCAUGUCGCAUCAUUGAGUUCCGCAAGAUGGUGCAGGCACUUAACCACAUUGGCCUCCGUGUUGUACUCGAUGUUGUUUACAAUCAUUUGCAUGCAAGUGGCCAUUGUGAUGAAAACUCUGUUCUGGACAAGAUUGUUCCAGGUUAUUAUCUGAGAAGGAACAGUGAUGGCCGUAUUGAGAACAGCACCUGUGUAAACAACACUGCCAGUGAGCAUUUCAUGGUUGAACGUUUAAUUCUUGAUGAUCUUAUGUGCUGGGCUGUUCAGUAUAAGGUUGAUGGAUUUCGGUUUGAUCUUAUGGGUCAUUUAAUGAAAAAAACUAUGGUGAAUGCAAAGACACUGCUCCAUAGCUUAACUAUGGAGAAGAGUGGAGUAGAUGGAUCAAAAAUUUUCUUAUAUGGUGAAGGGUGGGACUUUGGUGAAGUUGCAAGUAAUGGGCGUGGCAUAAAUGCAUCACAGUUUAACCUUUAUGGAACUGGAAUCGGGAGCUUCAAUGAUCGGAUUCGGGAUGCAUUACUUGGUGGAUCCCCAUUUGGUCACCCUUUGCAACAAGGUUUUGCUUCUGGCCUGUUUGUAGAGCCCAAUGACCAUGAUCUUGGUGGUGGUGAUGCUGCUGAGCAUACCCUUGCUGUACUAAAGGACCACAUUCAGCUUGGAAUGGCUGGGAACUUAAAGGAUUUUGUGCUAGUAAACCAUGAUGGGGAAGAGGCUAAAGGAUCUGAGAUUCUAACUCACGAUGGAAAGCCCAUCGCCUAUGCUUCUUGCCCAAUUGAAACUAUAAAUUAUGUGUCUGCCCAUGACAAUGAGACUCUUUUUGACAUUCUAAGCUUGAAGACAUCCAUGCAUAUUUCUGUAGAGGAGAGAUGCAGGAUGAACCAUCUAGCAACCAGUGUGAUAGCCCUUUCGCAGGGCAUACCUUUCUUCCACUCUGGCGAUGAGAUUCUGCGAUCAAAAUCACUUGAUCGUGACUCUUACAACUCCGGUGAUUGGUUUAAUAGGCUAGACUUCAACUACAAUUCUAACAACUGGGGUGUUGGUCUACCCCCAAAAGAGAAAAAUGAGCAGAACUGGCCACUAAUGAAAUCUAGAUUGGCCAAUCCUUCUUUCAAGCCUCAAAAGAGUCAUAUCAUUGCUGCGCUGGAAAACUUCUGUAAUCUUUUACAAAUCAGAUACUCCUCUCCGCUUUUUCGCCUGAGGACAGCAAAUGCUAUUCAGGAAAGAGUGCGGUUUCAUAAUGUUGGUCCAUCAUGGACUCCAGGUGUCAUAGUAAUGAGCCUUGAGGAUGGAUAUGAAGGAUUUCCAGGGCUUACUCAACUCGAUCCCACAUACUCAUAUAUAGUCGUCCUCGUCAACGCGUGCCCAGUGAAAGUCUCAUGUACUAUCCCUGCCUUGUCCUCUAAGUCUCUUCGGCUGCAUCCCAUACAGAUGAGCUCAAAUGAUGCAAUGGUAAAGAAGUCAACAUAUGAUCCUUCCUCUGGCUGCUUCACAGUGCCAGCCAGGACGACAUCCGUUUUUGUUCAACCCCGAUCCGGAUAGCAACUCAGAUCUAACUCAGAACUGUACAAGAUCGCUGAACUACAUUCAACUUCUGUUGUAACAAAAUAUGUGACAAAAUAUUGCAUGCAACAUUUAAUUAGUGUACAAGAUUAGUGGAUGUUUGGAAAUGAGUCUUCACAUGGUUAGUGACGAAUAACUUGCUUUUAUAUUCUUGGAAUUGUAUGGCGUUUGUGGAACAUAUA